AUGGCUGAGUUCUUACUACCUGAUACCAACAACUUUCGUAAGUUCACUUCUGAAUCCUUGGCUGCCAUCAAAAAGAGAACUGCUGCCAAGAGCUGUCACAGAAGAAAUACUAUAGACCAGAAACCUGAGGAGAAACCACGUCCUCAACUUGACCUGAAAGCUUUCCAGAAGUUACCAGCUCUCUAUGGAAACCCCCCACCAGAGCUCAUUGGGGAGCCACUGGAGGAUCUUGAUCCAUACUACAAAGAUCGUAAGAUCUUCAUAGUGCUAAACAAGCAGAAAACAAUCUUCAGAUUUACUGCUACACGUGCCUUAUGGAUCCUCAGUCCUUUCCAUCCAAUUCGAAGAACAGCAAUUAAAAUUUUAGUACAUUCAUAUCCAUUCACUUUGUUUAUCAUGGGCACUAUUAUAACUAACUGUGUAUUCAUGGCUCUGACUGAGUCCUCUAAGGCUUCUCCACCUCCUUUGUGGAACAAGUAUGUUGAAUUUACUUUCACUGGCAUUUACACUUUUGAAUCAUUGAUAAAAAUAUUGGCAAGAGGAUUCUGUCUAAAUGAAUUCACUUUCCUUCGAGAUCCCUGGAACUGGUUGGAUUUCAGUGUUAUUGUUAUGGCAUAUGUGGGAGCAUUUAGUAACCUGGGGAGCGUGUCAGUCCUUCGGACUUUCAGGGUUCUGAGAGCUUUAAAAACCAUUUCAGUAGUCCCAGGACUCAAGAUCAUUGUAGGUGCGCUUAUCCAGUCUGUUAAGAAACUUGCCAAUGUGAUGAUCCUGACUGUUUUCUGCCUGAGUGUCUUUGCUCUCAUUGGUCUCCAGCUUUUUAAGGGCAAUCUAAGACAAAAGUGUGUGAGGAACUCUACAGAGUUCAGUAAAAUACCUUAUUUCCUUAACAAAACAUGGGAAUCCUAUGAAAUGUUUGCUAAUGAUACAGCAUACUUUGCUAAAAAAGAGGGCACCUCAGAUAUUUUGCUAUGUGGCCCUGGUGCUGGGCUCUGUCCUCCAGACUAUAUAUGCUUGAAAAUCGGGCCAAAUCCUGAUUACGGUUUCACUAGUUUUGAUUCAUUUGGCUGGGCUUUUCUUUCCUUAUUCCGCCUGAUGACCCAGGACUACUGGGAGCGUCUGUACCAGCAGACCCUCAGAGCUGCUGGGAAGGUGUAUAUACUCUUCUUCAUGCUGGUCAUAUUUCUGGGCUCAUUUUAUCUAGUCAACUUGAUUCUGGCUGUAGUAACAAUGGCAUAUGAAGAGCAGAACAAGGCCACCAUUGCUGAAACGGAGGCAAAGGAAAGGAAAUUUCUUGAAGCCAUGGAAUUAUUACAGAAGGAGCAGGAGUCACUGGCUAUUAAAGGAAUUGAUAUCCUGUCAAUUAGCUCCUUUGAAGCCUCUUCUCUGUCUCCCAAAGAAAUCAAAGAAAGAAGCAACAGGAAAAAGAGAAAUCAGUCCUUGGGGAUAGAAGAUAAUGAAGAACAACAAUUCCCCAAGUCACAGUCCACAGAUAGUCAACGCAAGUUGUCUUUCCUUGGCCUGGUGUACAGUCCCAAUGCAAACCAGGCGAAACGCAGGCUUAGCCAUGGGAGCGUGUUCAAUUUCCAAAUACCUUCUUUAGAAGUUGAUUCCAGAACGGAUUUCAGUGAUGAGGAAAACCGCAGUGCUGGGGAACACAAAAUCCAGUGUAGGUCGCUGUCGAUCACGCAGAUGGGAAGACGAUCCAGUGUGCAAAGUCAAAUGAGCCACAGCUCUCACCCUGCCACCCCAAACUGCGUGCACAGCAGCAAGUGGGCUAACAUGGAUGAUUGCAAUGGUGUGAUUUCAGUGACGGGAGGAGGAGGCAGCAGGGUGCACAGUGUAGAUCCAGUGUCUUCUGAAGGAGUAAUGCUUCCACCAGUAAUGGAAGACCCAGGAAAGGCGAAGCUGCAGCCAGCUGCAAAUGAUGAGAGCAGCGUGAUGCAUUUGCCUCCUCAUCUGUCAGUGGAGUACUUUAAUGAGGCACUUCAGAGACAAAGGGCAGCAAGUGCAGUUAGCAUAAUUACCAGUGUCUUGGAGGAACUUGAAGAAUCUCGGCGGAGAUGCCCACCCUGCCUGAAUAAUUUUGCUUUAAAGUAUCUAAUUUGGGACUGUUGCCCACUUUGGGUGAGAAUCAAGACAAAAGUGGCUGCUUUCAUAAAGGAUCCCUUUAUUGAUCUCACCAUCACUGUUUGCAUUGUGAUGAACACUUUGUUCAUGGCACUGGAGCACAAUAAUAUGUCAGAUAAUUUUAAAACAAUGCUUAAUGUAGGCAACUUGGUUUUUACAGGAAUCUUCACUGCGGAAAUGAUUUUAAAAAUCAUUGCUUUAGACCCCUAUUACUACUUUCAGCAGCCCUGGAACAUUUUUGACAGUAUAAUUGUCACAUUGAGUUUAAUUGAACUGAGUUUACCCAAACAAAAAAGCAAGAAAGAAAGGCGAAAAGGAGGAACCCUGUCAGUUUUAAGAUCCUUUAGACUGCUGAGGGUCUUCAAACUGGCAAAGUCCUGGCCAACCUUAAACACUCUAAUUAAAAUAAUUGGUAACUCCCUGGGAGCACUGAGUAAUCUGACCCUCGUCCUGGCAAUCAUCGUUUUCAUUUUUGCUAUAGUAGGGGUGCAACUUUUUGGGAGGAGCUAUCUGGACAACAGCUAUAAAAUAAACAAAUAUGGCAAGCCACGCUGGCACAUGAUGGACUUUUUCCACUCAUUCCUCGUUGUUUUCCGAAUUUUGUGUGGAGAAUGGAUUGAGACCAUGUGGGACUGCAUGGUGGUUGCUGAACCACCACUAUGCCUUCUUGUCUUUCUGCUGGUCAUGGUGAUAGGAAAUUUAGUG